GAUGUUCCGUAGUUGCCGGAUUUGGCGCGAGCGUCAACACUUCCUGUUUGCUCACUUAGACCUCCAGGGACGCCCGUGUGUGGAAACAUGGCUCUCAACUUUCAAACUUCGACACUGUGCUUGACUCUCCCAAUAUCGUGUCAGAUAUGCCUCGGAAAGGUCAGACAGCCGGUUAUAUGUGGCAACCACCACGUGUUCUGUUCAUCCUGCAUGGAAAUGUGGUUAAAGAAAGCAAGCCAGUGUCCGACAUGCAGAGUCCCCAUAACGGCGGAGAACCCCUGCAGAGAAAUUAUAGGAGGAACAAAUGAGAGCGAUCACACUGAGAGCCCCUCUGUGAGAAAUUGUCUCAGGAAAACAAGGGGAGAGCUCCUUCUUCGUGAGUAUGAGGAAGAAAUUGAAUGUCUCAUCAGAGAUAACGAGGAUCUGAAAUCCAAAAAUCAUAGUCUGGAGCUGCAAUUGAGAACAGCUUUGGAUCCUUCCAGUAUUAACCCUGUGCAAGCAGACGACAGAAGAGUGGAUCCGUCCAUCAUGGAGGAGUGGGCAAAUAGGCUGCAAACAGCCAAAGAUGUUUGUGAUCAAGUAAAACAGGAUCUGGACAAGCUUAAGGAGGCAAAUAAAGCCUUAAGAUCUCAAAAUGUUGACCUGGUACAAGAGAAUAUGAGACUGAAGGCCGAGGUGGUCAGCAGAUCUCCACAAAAGUUUGGGCGAUAUACCGUUGCUGCCUUGGAAGCAAAAAUCCAGCAGUAUCAGCGAGAUGUCGAACAACUGAAGAAGGCACUGGAACGCAGUGACCAGUACAUCGAAGACCUGGAGAGUCGGGUCAGGACGUCUGAAAAGAGAUGUGCAGAAAUUCAGGACUCGUGUAAAAAGACCAAGCCCGGAUCAGAAUCUCUGAGCCAGCAACAAAAGAUCAACAUGAUGAUGAGAAGCCUCAGUGAUAAUGAAAGGGACUCUAUCUGUAGCAAUCCUGAGGGGGAUGCUCUGGCAUUUUCUCAAACUCACAGUUUGAUGUUCUCCUCCUGUGUGGAUCACAAGGACCCUCCCAAGAAUCUCUGUGGCAUCACCAAUAAAGGCGAGGACUUAGAUGGCACCUCCUCAGACUUCUUGCCUUCUACUCCCUCCUCUGCCUUCCGUUCCCUGACACUGAGGAGCCCUGGUGUGCGUGAGAAGAAAGUUGCGUUUAAACCUGUGGCUCACCUCAGGAGGCUCGAUUUUGAUGACUUUCCAAGUCCCGUGGAGAGCACCGCAGGGAACCAGUUCAACAGCGGGGACAAGUUCACCAAAGGUUUGCCGACUAAUGCAGACAUGGAAUCAAUGAAGCCUGUUUUUUGGGGGACUUGGAAGUGCUCAAAGUCAAAUGACCAAUCAUCUCCGGGUCCAAGCACAGAGAACUUUGCUUCUGAUUCCAUGUCUGCAAAUCUUGGUGCUGACGAGCAGGACAGUUUCCAGAAAUCCAGUGAAGCCUCCAUGGAUGCGGCGUAUCUGGACAAAAUCUCAGAGCUGGACUCCAUGAUGCUCGAUGGCGAAAGCUCCAGUAGCCGCGGUUCUCAGGUUUCCCUGGCACCUUCCCCUGCCGCCAACUUGGACCACACUGUCAUCGCAGAAACACAAACCCACGUCAGCGUCCUAACGCCGUAUACCACAGUGAAUAACAGUGAGGCACCUGGAGGGCAUGUGGGAGAUGGUCUUGUGGAGGAGAACAGUGUGCCCGGCUGUGUGGAGAGCGAGGGGUCAUCUCACAAUGACGACCUUUCUUUUGAUUUGCUAUUUGAUGCUGUGGAAGACACUAAGGCCUGUCCCUCUGGUUCUGUCAGUCCUGCAGGCCCAAGCCAGGAUCCUGACACCUCUCCUUGCGGUAAACCUGUGAGCACAUCAAGAGACAGACACACGUUCAAUACAGGCCAGCCGACUAAAAGAAAGUCACACAGUCCCUUUAACACAAGCAGUCCCACUAAACUUUCAAAACUUAUGUGAAUGUUUUAAAAACACAAUCUGAAACAUGUUGCUUCAGGAUAAGAGUUCCAUUCUUAUCUACUGUUACAUGUAAGAACAGAUAAAUGAGCAGUUUUUGUAUCAACCCUGUAGGAGUUCAACUGGAUGUACAGUAUACUACAUUUUAAACAUUGAAAAAAAAAAUCUGACUUAGUUGUAGGACGUAUUGUUACUGUUUUGUGUCACACUGCCUCUUCUUUAGGUACAUUUACUGUUUACUUCCUUGUCUGUGCUAGAAACUGUUAAAUACACAAAAUGAUGGUCUACUGAAAAAGAUAUAGAGUGUUAAUGAAUUAAAUGAUCUUGCAAUAAGAAUGUAUGGAGCAAUUUUAUUGAUUUAAUUUCUCAAACCAGCUAGUUUUAAGUUUUAUUGUUCUAGUUUUAGUUAGUUCAGAAUGGUAUGCCUUUUAUUGUCUAAUUGUUUUUUUUAAGUCUCAAUUUAUUUGACAUAUGCAUAACAAGAAUCCCCAUUGCAAUCAUUAAUUUGCUGUCAUAUAAUGCAGAAAAGUGGCCCCUUUUUGCCCUGCUUGAAAGCUUGAUGUAUCCCAUCAUGACACACAUUAACCUCACUCAGGCACCCAACAGUAAUUCAGUUGCAGCAGAAAAGCACCUUAUUUAUUAUGCAAAUUUAAUGAUAUCACGUGUAUUUCACGUGCCGCUAAUCGCUAACAUGAAAUUUUAAUUGGACAACCCGUUGUACUUUGGAUAAAUGAAGUGUUAAUUCAUUGAGAUUCAUUAAUUUAGGUAAAGACUGUACAAGGUUACACUGGAGUAUUCAAUAAAUGUGUUUAGUGCCCAACUGGAGAUGAUGGAGAUCAAACAAUCUUGUUUUACAUAUAAACAUGUGGCAUGAAGUUAAAAAAAGAUUGUGAUUGUGUAAUUAUAAAAUAUGGUUGUAGUUUGCCGAGGUUCGUCAUGUAAUAGUUGACAU